AUGGCGGAAAGUUCAAGGUGGAACAAGGUUACAAGUAGGGUGCUCUCCUUCUCUUCUAUGUCGUCUCGUCGCUCGCUCCUCUCACUCUCAGUCUCUCAGCCGCCUCCGCCUCCGCGCCUCUCUCCUCUCAAUAUCACGCAGGUCAGCUUCUCUCAUCUCUCUGUGUUUUAUCCCUUCGAUCCUCUUGCUCCGCUAACUCUCUCUCAUCCAAAACUUCUCAGCCUCUCCACUCCAUCUCAGCUAACUCUCUUUCUCAUCUCAUCUCAAUAUCAGACUUGGGUUUGUGGAAAUUAA